AGCUCUUUCACUCACAAUCGAUGAAGCAGAGAAGCCAAUAGAAGACGAUUUAUGUGCCACGAUACUUGGGCAACCUGUCCUUCAGAGUCUGGAAGAAGAUGCAGGACAUCGUCCAAUACACUCCUGUGAUACUGGAUCCAAACACUGCGAAUAUAUUUCUCCUCGUGUCUGAUGAUCUGACCAGCGUGAGAUGCUGUAAGAAGUCUCAACGGGUUCCUGAUAAUCCAGAGAGAGUUUGUGGCUAUCACUGUGUUCUGGAUUCAGAGGGUUUUAACUCAGGGACACACAGCUGGGACGUGGAGGUUAAAGAGUGUCCAUCUUGGAGUAACUACGGCAUCAAACCACAGCAAGGGGGGGUUCUUAGGAUCUGAUAUCUUAGUAGACAUGAAGAUAUUAUUAAAUUAUUACAGAUAUUAUAUAAUAAAAAUACCUUCUGAUCAACUUUACUGAGUCAACAAAUCAUAGCGCAGAUUAGGUCUUUUCCCUUAUGACAGUUUAGUCUUCUUAUGGCAUGCAAAUAAUGGACAAAGCCGAAAUCCAUUUUGCUCAUGAUGAAAAUAAUCAACGAUUUUCAGUUAGUUUUACUUGUGAGUUGUGUUUAUAUGACAAAUUCUAUGCAAUAAUUUCCAGCAGAGCUAAAGAAUAAUUGCCUUUUGCAUAAUAUUUUUUUGGGUCAAUCUGUAGACUAAUAAUAAGCUGUGUUAGACGUUUGAUCAAUCGGAUUUAAGACUGGGUACGGCUGCUCUGGUCAUACCAUGUGGGGAAGGAUGGUAUUUAGAUGGAUACACGAAACAAUGCAGGGAACAAAAGUGUGGCCAGAUGCAACAGAUGAAGGAUAGGAUUUGGUGUGCUCCCCAGGAACCCCAGCGACCAGAUUGGCUAAGAUUUAGCAUUUGGUGGUGCUUCUUUUUUCUCAAGCAUGUGACACUGAAGCCCUAUUGUGAUUGUUACAACAGUGAAGGAUCAGCAAUCUCCAUGUAGUAAAGACUUGAAGUAUUAUUAUUUUGGAUCUUUAAAUGCAAAAGAAUUGCAGAGAGCGUGCAACAGCAAAUGUGGUAAUUAUUAUCGCUAUUACAACUCAUAAAACAUGGAAAAUGCAGUUACAAACGGACUUUGCUUUUUCAAUUAAAAUGUGGCAGUUGCUGUUCAGCCACAGAGAGUAUGUAAAACUCUGUUCACUUUGACAAAACAUGUUGCAAAUACUCACAGUUCAACCAAAUACAGAAACAUACCGCAAAUAAAGUGUCUUUGCUGAUCAAAAUUGUGUGUGGGCGUGUCUAGAAUAUUUGAAUGCACCUGAAGAAAUGUUGUUGUUUGACCUGUUUUAACACCCAAAGGUGAUCAUAAACUCCACCCUCUUACAACACUUACCAGGAAGAGACUGACUUACUGUUUCACUUCUAUAUCGACAAAAGCAAAUAAGAAUCAAUGAAAAAGGAAGAAAAAUCUUUUUUUGAAGAGAAUCUUUGAGGAGUUCUUUGCAAUUCUUGGGGCUCUUCGUUUUUUGAAACCAUAGUUCUGAAAGUGAAUGUAAAGUUUAGACUGCUGAAGCUUAAAGAGUGAAAAUGGCUUCACUAUCCGAAGAUGAUUUUUCUUGUCCGGUGUGUCAUGAAGUCUACCAAGAUCCAGUCAUUUUAUCAUGUAGUCACAGCGUGUGUAAAGAGUGUCUUCAACGGUUCUGGAGGACUAAGGAGACUCCGGAGUGUCCCGUCUGCAGGAGAAGAUCCUCAAAUCAACACCCUCCUCUUAAUCUUGCGUUAAAAAACUUGUGUGAGUUGUUCCUGAAGGAUAAAAAUGAGAGGCGUUCCUUAGGGUCUGAGGAGAUCUGUAGUUUACACGGUGAGAAACUCAAGCUCUUCUGUCUGGAGGACAAACAGCCGGUGUGUGUUGUGUGUAUUAACUCACAGAAACACGUCAAUCACACUUUCAGACCCAUUAAUGAAGUUGUUCAAUCAUACAAGGAGGAGCUCAACGCAGCGCUGAAGUCCUUAGAAGUGAAACGUAAACAAAAUAAAAAAAUGAAGGAAGAAUUUGAGAAAACAGUUAAACACAUCAAGUCUCAAGCUGAUCACACAGAGAGUCAGAUUAAACAGCAGUUUGAGAAGCUUCAUCAGUUUCUCAGAGAUGAAGAAGAAGCUACGAUCACUGCACUGAGGGAGGAAGAGGAGCAGAAGAAGAAGAUGAUGAAGGAGAAGCUGGAGGAGAUCGACAGACACAUCUCAACUCUUUCAGACACAAUCAAAGACACAGAGGAGAUGAUGAAAGACAAUGACGUCUGCUUUCUGAAGAAGUUUCCGGUCUCGAUGGAAAGAGUCCAGAUCUCAUCACAGCUGGAUCCACAGAUACCUUCUGGAGCUUUGAUUCAUGUGCCACGAUACUUGGGCAACCUGUCCUUCAGAGUCUGGAAGAAGAUGCAGGACAUCAUCCAGAACACUCCUGUGACUCUGGAUCCAAACACGGCUCAUCCUCGUCUCGUCCUGUCUGAAGAUCUGACCAGCGUGAAAAGGAGGGGAUUCAGAGAACCUCUUCCUGAUAAUCCAGAGAGAUUCGACGAGUAUCCGUGUGUCCUGGGCUCAGAGGGUUUUAACUCCGGGACACACAGCUGGGACGUGGAGGUUAAAGGCAGUCAGUACUGGAGUGUAGGAGUAACCAGAGCAUCAAACCUCUAUGACACUGAUAUCUGGAGUGUGCAGUAUUGUGAGGCUCCAUAUGUCCCAGUACUCUCGAGCAUCUCCACUUGCUUUCCUGUUAAACAGGAGCUAGAUCGUGUGAGAGUGUGUCUGGACUACGACGGAGGAACACUGUCGUUCUCUGAUCCUGUAACUAACACACAUCUACACACAUUCACAACCACCUUCACCGACACCGUCUUUCCGUACUUCUUGUGUUGGUCUAACUCGGUCAGAAUCCUACCGCUGAGUCUUUAA